AUGAAUGUUGUCAGCCAUCUUGUUGUCUUCAUGACAUUCAGCCAUGAAAUAUCCUUUACAAUCCUCAUUAGGAAGUUUGGUUACUAAGUUCAGCCUGGUUUACAAGCUCCUCGAGAAAGUUAGAGGUUAAAAAGGUAAAAAAGAUCUCAAAGAAAGCAUUUUGCAGCGCGCGUUGCUGCUCCGAAAUCCUGGUAAUACACGAUGGCAACGGAAACGGCCUCUGAAUGCAAGAUCAUAGUAAAAAAGCCUGUGUUACUGAGGGUUGGAGAUUUGGCUAGCGAGUUCAGGUCUGGAGUGUCAGUUGUUGAUAUUAUUCUUCCAGGAACGAAUGCAGUACAGGUUGGAAAGCUAACAUUUAAGAACUCUUACACAGCUUCUGUAACAGUUAACCUGAAAGUUCUUGAUCAUGCAGGUGUUGAGCAAUGGAAAUGCCUUGUGAAGAACUACACUCUGAUGCCUCAUCCUCAUUUAGAAACAGGAAGCCAGGAUUUUUUUGUUAUUAAUGUAAAUAAGACUGAUGAGCAUCCUCCGCAAGUGAUAAUGAUGAGGUUGAUUCUUAGACAACCUUCCCCUCACUGGAAUAGCUUUGGUGUUGAAGAGAUAAAGUGCUUUCUACAUUCACCUAAUAUGAAUUACUCAUCAAUACCAGAAUGGCUACAUAACAGUGGAGGAGUCAAAGCAGUACAGAAUGUCUCUAACUCAGAGAAUGUGGCCUCCAGCAUACAGCAACUUUGGGCAUUAACUCAAGAGAUGAAGUCCUCAAAACAGAAUCUGUCUAUUGGUCGUUUUGAUAUUGACAGAAGCUAUGACAUCAACUUGUUAUCUUACACAUGACAGUACUACUGUGUGAUUUGCUGGCCAAUUGAAGUGAAGAAAUAUUAACCAUGUGAUGUUCUCAUGUCUGUAUUGUACCAUACAAAGUAAACAAGUAAUGCAAUGUAUCAAUCAUCUCUCUUCAACUUGAAGGCUCCAAAUGGGAGAAGCAAUCCGAAAAUUCCUACAGAUGUAAUUAUGGAUUUGGCUGAUUUUAUACUAAAGAACAACCAUAUUGAAUUUGAUUGAAAUGCAACCUCUAAAAUUUGGGACAGCUAUUAGCAAAAAAUUAGCACCAGCUUAUGCUACUUUACUUAGGGAUAAACUGGAAAGAAAAUUUGACACAAGUUUGGUUGAGCUGUAUUUUGGUUUAGAUACAUUGAUGACAUUUCAAUGGACUAGUGGCAACGAUAAAUUGAAAACAUUCUUUAAUUAUUGAAUGAUGAAUGGAUGAUACAAUAAACUUUAUGUGAGAUUGGUUAUAGGAAUAUAUUGAUUACCAAGAUGUGGAAAUAACAAAAGUGAUAGGAAAAUAGAGACAUCAAGCCUUCCCACAAGGGUCAGCAUCUGUUGUCACCCCUCCAUGAGUAAUGAGAGCAAAAUAUACAGCCUUGCCCUGAGGCGUAGUCUCUUUUGCAGCAGUUGUUUGGGCUCGUCACGCAACGCUCCCUCCCUGAUGGGGGAGGGAGCAUUUUGUGACGAGCCCAAACAAUGGCUGCGAAGGAGACUACCUGAGGUGUAGACUGAUUUUUUAUUCUAAGUGAGAAGGUACUAAGUGUAGGGUGGCACAACUGUACAGAUUUUUGGUUGCAAGAGGAUACAAACAAGACUUCAUUCCUAAACAAUUCAAUAAGUGCAAUUGAAAACUGGAGAGGAUGCAUUGAUACCAUGCCCAAUGGCAGAGUACCUAUGGUUGUCAGCUGCCCUCUUGAUUUAGGGAACAUGGUGGCUUUUUAAGAGAAUUGGAAUCCUUUUUGCUUACCUCCGAAGAAAACAAACAAACAAACAAACAACAUAUCAAUCAAAGUGUAUUUAGGGCUUUUAGAUGACUAAUUAAACUUGAAGAUUAUCUAGUACAUGUAAAAUUAGUCUCCCAGUGCUCCAAGCAGUUCAGGAGAGGAAGGAAGCAAUGUGGUGUUGAGCACUGCCAGAUGUGCAAACAUCUGAAACUAGGUGACAGAUUUAAUUACCAUAGAACCACAAACAUUUUAUAUUAUCACAGUAAUACUGUCUAUUUAAUUAAAUUACUAAAUAUUUUGCACAGGUUGUCUGGAACAAAUGGUACGUGUAGUUUGAACAACAACCAAGUUUAUAUUGCAUUUCAAUAACCACAAAUUGCACUAAAGAGCUCACUCAAGGCUCUCUGGAAUGUGGAGAAAGAGACUAUCUUCUAUUUUGAGGUCAUAACAGUCCAUGACACCAUGGUCUUGCUAUCUCAUUUCAAGUGAUAGAUAAGUGUACAAACCACCUCGGUAGAGAAAGAGGAGUAUUGGACAAACAGGCUUCACAUGAUUGAGCCACAAGACCUUAAUAAGAAUAGAUGGGAAAGAGUCUGGGCAACUGAAUUUUAAGAUUUGUCUUCAACCAUCUAUUGCUGAUGUGGGGUGUUAUUGUGAAUAGUUUAUGCUGGAACGAAGUUUGCUUAUUUACAGAAAAUUUACCACUACUUUUAAGGUGGCAAACUGAUACUCUUCGUAAUUAAAACAACGUAUAAACUUA